AUGUCGAGGAAAGGCAAAGCACGAGCGCCCUUCGCUUACGAUUCAGACGAGGAUAGCAUCGCGACUGACUCAACUGCCGAGAGCGAACCGCUCGACGAAUAUGGCGUAGAACGCAUCCUUCUCGAAAAGGGAACCGAAGGAGGCGACAAGCAGUAUCUCAUCAAAUGGGAGGGGUACCCGCUCGGACGAAGUACUUGGGAGCCCGCUGGAAAUAUCUUCGAUGAGAGCAUUAUCAAGUCCUGGAAACAGGAACAGCGACGUGUUCGGCAGGGGGAUGAGGAGCCUUUUGAUGAGGAUGACUGGUGUGCUGCUGUUGAGGAGAUCCACCACACGAAGGAGGAUCACAGGCGACGCCGGAAGGCGAAGCGGCGCAGGCGUGGUAUCGCAGUGUCAUCUGACAGUGAUGGCAACAACAAAAACGAGGAUGACGAACACACCGACAACGCCGACCAAUCUAUCUUUGUGGAAAAACGAACACGGAGCCCAGAGGACGAUGCCCCGGUGAAGGCCAGAAAGCGCAUACCGCAGCCAGAGGUGAGGCGUAAAGGGCUGGCUCAAAAGGUGGAUCGGAGGCGGCGCACCGUCGAUUCUGCUUCAUCUGAUAACUCGGAUGGUGAGGUGUCACCAGCUAAGAGCCCAGGUGACGAUUCACUGUUCGAUGAGAUUACAUCUAAGGCCAAACACUCUCAGAAAGAGAUUCCUACCAGGAGGUCGACUCGAGCAAGACCAGCAGCUGGAGAAGUGGCGAGUGGCGAAGACAGUGAAGAUGAGCUUGCACUGCCCAAGCGAGUGCAGCGCAAGAAGCAGGAUGCUCCGGCUAAGGCAACAUCUGCUCGAGCUGCACCGGCUGAAGCUCCAGCAAAGGCAACAUCACCUCGACCAGCGCCGUCUGAAGCUCCAUCCAGACAACCGUCGUCAGUUGUGCCUCCACAGCCAGUGCAGCCAUCAGUCGCGCCUAGGAGGAGUUCACUAGCUGCCCCAUCUAAUGCGACACCCUCCGCGCCUAAAGCAAGACCUACGCGACAACCAGACAAAGUCUUUGGUAAUGGGGAUGCUGAAAAAUCGCGAAAACAACGGCCCAGAGUCUCUGGAGCAACCCCCAAGGACUCAGCGAACCCCCAGUUCCGCAACCUGUCCACCCAACACCGAUUCCAACAGUACAGCAAGAACGAACGAGCCCCUGACCCGAAUGUGCUAAGUAUAAUCGAUCCCAAGACUGGAAAGAAGAUACCUCCAGCUAGUGCUGUAGAGGUAAGCAGUACUGGUGCUGUUCAUAGCGCAUACAGUAGGCGAACGCCGCCGCCAGAGAAACCGCCAGAACCUCCCGCGCCGGAGCCUGUUCAAACGAUCGGUACCGCACCUCCGCCUGAUCCUACUCCCGCCCCUGUAAGUCACGCCAGUACAACCCAUCCAGAGAAGUGGGAGACGUGUUGGUACUGGACUAGAGGCAUUUGCAAGUAUACUGACGAAACAUGCCGCAAGGCUCAUUAUCACACUGGGGUUGAUGGAGGAAACAAGCAGCUCACUUGUUACUAUUGGAAGGUCAGAGGGCGCUGCAACAAAAGAGACGAAGACUGUCUGCAUGCUCACUACGAUACGGGUCAUUAUGCGCCAAAGCCACCGGACAGCUAUGCACCUGUCGACACCAAUGGAGCGCCAGAUAGACCACAUGUUCAGAGCGACAUACCACCACGAAUCGCUAAUCGAGCGGCCAUAGAACCUCGGCCGAAGGAAAUAUCAAAAAAGGACACCACUUGUUAUUACUGGCGUGAGAAAGGCUAUUGCACAAAGCCAGACGACGUAUGCGCAUUCGCGCACUUGGACACUGGGGUCUAUGCUGGACCGCCGGGAACUUUUAAGAGAGGCCUGACGUAUUCGGACAGAACGACCAAUGCAAAUUUUGUGCCUCUUGCAAUCAGAGACAACGUCGCACCACAUUCGGCCCGCAGUCCCGAUGUGACUGCAUCGGAGCGGGUAAAUGCUGGAUUGAAGCUGCAAACAGCCGGACAAACAGCGAGGCCUGGCUCUGGGUCGCCAGGGGAUUUCACUGCAUCACCUAUGCAUAUGGGAGGUGCAAGUCCGCAUGACCAAACUCAGCAGACGCCUCAAGGGAACAUCUUAGGUGCAGCCAUGCAGCGACGUCCUAGCGUCCCGAAGUUCUCGAUGAAGGCGACUCUUGUUUUGUUAUUACAAGAAGAGGCUCAAGAAGAGAAUAUCAAUGUAAAGCUCGACAUCGACGACUUACCGGCUUUCAAGAAUCUUGCGGGGUCUGAUCCUAUUCUGCGAAUAGAUCAAAUGGUCACGGCGGCCGACUUCGAGCACGUCCUGUGGCAGGAUGGCCUUCGCGAAUCUCCCUGCUCGACGGGUGGCCUCUUUGUGGAUACUGCACAGGCUGCUAGUGUUGAGAACAUCACCGAUGUGUGUAAAACGCAUGUGGCUGGAUUGAUCGCUACUCCAGAUGGUCGAGACUCGAAGAUGCUCAUCUAUCCCGGGAACGCAGAGGAGUGGAAGUUCUUUGACCGCGAGCGCGAGCAUUCAUCAGAGUGUGUGCUACGGUUCAGGUUGUUCGAGGAGCUGCCGAUCCCUCCACUUGAUGGACCGACGACGGAGACUGAGCAAGUCGACAAGCGUCCGCCUGCUCAGAUACUUGGCGAGCACGUCGUCAAAUUGGAUUCAGAGAUACUCUUCCCGACGAAAGAGCUGAAGAAGCACCCCGUACGAGCUGUGUUCCUCAUGAUACCACUGGACCAUCACGCGGAGCUGGUCGUUCUGAAGGAAUACUUUGCCGCGCUGAAAUGCAAAGUCUAUCACUCGGGACAAGCAGGAUCUUGGGACUACUUUCGCACAAGAUUCAGCGGCUCUUGCGCGCUCAUUGUGCAUCCAGAUAUACAACUCUGGCGAAUUCCUGGACUGUACGGCUUCCUUGCCUCUGCAGGGGCUGGUGUUCGAAUGUUCUCCAUUGGCGUCAAUCCAACGGUGGCCAUGCUAGAAGAGCGAGAUGCCGAAUUCACCUGUGAUCGGCUCUUCCCUCACGGCAUGGUGGUGUUCAUAACAGAUGAUGCCUUCAUCAAUGAUCCGGAACAAGCCACCAGCGUUAUCAAUGCGUUCAUCGACGCCCAUAGAACGAAGCCCCAAGGGGGCGAAACAAGCAGAAUUGCAGCGCGGCCAGGAAUACUCGAAUGGGUGCUCGAUCUGGCCAUGGAAAACACUGCCGAGCGCGGGAGACAGGAUAACCGGUGGAUGUUGCUAUACAACGCCAUGUGCAAGCUGUCUCGGCUGGAUGUGAAAGAUGAAGACUUGGACGAUGAUUCCGAGCUUGAAGAGGAUCCGUUGUUUCUGAUCUCGCUCUCGCCUGAGCUAUUGUCAGAAUUGGAGGACCUGAAAGAGAGCGGCGACCAAAGUGCGGCGACGGACUUGGCGGUGGACUGGUUUGCUGGCUGGAGUCUUGUGCAUGCCUGCAGGUUUCGCAAGUUCGUUGUCUGCCAUGAGCCACGAUUCGGCGUUGACGAGGCAAUAAGCGGCUCGAUGCCUGACGCGGACCCUAGAGGGUGGGGCAGGAAGUAUCAACACUUGGGUGUUGUGCGUGCAAGGGAUGCGCUGCAAAUGUUGACGAAGAGAAAGGAGCCAGAUCGUAGACCACCACCCACUCCCAAAUGA